GUCUUGUUUUUGUUGCGCUUACGUUACGAAAUUAAUGUAAAGUAGCCGACGAAUUUCCGUUCUACCAGUAUAAAUGGAUAGAUACUAACAACAACAUAAGUGUAAAUUACUUGUGAAUUCCCCAAACAGCCAUAUGAAAAAGCUAAAAUUGCAACUUUUUAACAAUCGUGUACAAUCUGUAUGUUGUAUAUGUUCACUUUAAAUACAACAACAAUAGCAACAACGCAAUGCGAUUUUAAGCAACAACAACAAACAAACAAAACCGACAAGCUAAACUUGGCUAAACCAACAGCAACAAAAACAACAUCAACAUCCAGCGGCAGCGCGGCCAUAAACAAAGCCAAAAUCAAAAGUCAUUCGGAUAUACAUUCGCCCAUUAAAGCGGAUAAGCAGUAACAGAACGUGUGGAUUUAACCAAAAACAAAAAAAAAGAAAUAACAACGAGGAAAUCCAAAGGAAAAAUUUAUAGCCGUCUGUGCUGUGCUAAGAUUUUUUCCAAUAAUAAAGAAGGAUACAAAGCUACAAUGACUCCAGUAGCAGUUGUACUUGUGAAGUCCUUGGCCCUCGAAUCAGGUGAAGCCAUCCGAUUCCAAUGAGAGGAGCCUGGGCCCUGAGAAUCUGGAGCAGGCGAGUGCACAGACAUUGCUGAGCAUGAAGCAAUCACUACGGACCACUACACAAUAUUAUCCCUUGAACAAGAAGAGAUUUUUAACAAAAACCAGAACAGGAGCACCAGGAUCAGGAGCUGAAAAAACGAUAGGCGGCGGAGGAUUACCAGGAGUAGGAGUCGCAGGAACAGCAGGAGUAGGCGUUGUCAGUCGCAGGAGGAGGAGGUGGUCACCGGCCACAUAAGACCAGUUCCCCCCCUAAACCCAUUUUCACCCUCCCCCUACAUACCCUCAUACGAAGGAAUCGCAAGGAGGAUCAAAUUAGAGGACAAGGAGGAGAGACGGAGGCGGCCCGUGUGUGUGUGUGUGUGUGUGUGUAGGUGGAGUGUGUGUGUUGGCCGUCUCAGUCGGAUAACCAUCAACCCGGAUCCUUAAUCCCAAGACACAAAUCUCAAACUGAAGCACCAGAACCACCACAAGAACCACCACCACCACCACCAUGUCGUCCAGUGAGCCACCGCCUCGUUACGAGCCACCCGUGGAGCCAGUCAAUGGCAUUGUACAGCCACCGGUGAUUCCGCCAGCGGAGCGGCCCGGCCGCAAUACGAACCAAUUGCAAUAUCUGAUCAAGACGGUGAUGAAGGUGAUAUGGAAGCACCACUUCUCGUGGCCCUUUCAACAGCCCGUCGAUGCCAAGAAGCUCAACCUGCCCGACUACCACAAGAUCAUCAAACAACCCAUGGACAUGGGUACGAUCAAGAAGCGGCUGGAGAACAACUACUAUUGGUCCGCCAAGGAGACCAUACACGACUUCAAUACGAUGUUCAACAAUUGCUAUGUCUACAACAAGCCUGGCGAGGAUGUAGUUGUUAUGGCCCAGACGCUCGAGAAGGUCUUCCUGCAGAAGAUCGAAUCGAUGCCUAAGGAGGAGCUCGAACUGGAGCCGGUUACGGCCAAGGGUGGAAAAAAGAAGCAACGGGCGCCGGCUACGCCCAAGUCAUCGUCGAGUGGCGCUGGAGCAACCACCGGUUCUGGUACAUCCUCGGCAGCAGUUACCAGCGGACCAGGUAGUGGCUCCACCAAAGUGUCAGCGGCUGCCUCAUCCGCGCAACAGUCCGGCCUGCAAGGAGCGACGGGAGCAGGCGGUGGAUCUUCAAGCACACCAGGAACUCAGCCGGGUUCCGGUGCGGGAGGAGCGACCGCCGCCCGGCCCGUAUCCGCCAUGGGCGGCACGGUUUCAUCGACGGCCGGCGGUGCACCGUCCAUACCACCGAUUAGCACAAUGCCACCGCACACGGUACCCGGCAGCACCAAUACGACGACGACAGCGAUGGCUGGCGGCGCUGGUGGGCCAGGUGCAGCUGCAGCCAAUCGCAAUGCUGAAGCCCUUAUGGCUAGUCUUCUAAAUACGGGCCAAACGGGCGCCUAUCCCGGUGCGCCCGGCCAGACGGCGGUCAAUAGCUCCUCGCUUCUAGAUGGCAGUACAGCUGCAGUAGCGGCGGCGGCAGCAGCAGUAGCUGCAGCGGCGGCGGCGGGAGGUGCAGCGGGAGCCGCUGGAGGAGCAGGGACAAUACCAGCAGUUGCCGUCAAUGCCGCCAACGCCGUUCAGGCCUAUGUGAAUGCGGGCGUCAGCGUCGGAGUCGACGCCGUGAUACCGCCUCAGCAGCCCGCCAAAAUAAAGAAGGGCGUCAAACGGAAGGCGGACACAACCACGCCGACGGCCAAUGCCUUUGAAUCCCCGUACGCGCAAAUGGACUCCAAAUCGGCCAAGAUUGCGACGCGGCGGGAGUCGAAUCGUCAGGUAAUUGGCAAGAAGGGCUCGGGAUACAAUAUGUCGCCGCUUGGCGUCUCCGGAGUGCCCGGACUUGGCGGUCUAGUUGCCGGCGGCGUGGCUGGUGUUGCGGUGGCCAAGAACAAGGAGAAGCUGUCGGAUGCGCUCAAGUCGUGCAACGAAAUCCUCAAGGAGCUCUUCUCGAAGAAGCACUCGGGCUAUGCUUGGCCGUUCUACAAGCCAGUAGACGCGGAAAUGCUUGGCCUGCAUGACUACCACGACAUCAUUAAGAAACCAAUGGAUCUGGGGACAGUCAAGCGGAAAAUGGACAAUCGCGAGUACAAGAGCGCGCCGGAAUUCGCCGCCGACGUGCGAUUAAUAUUCACCAACUGUUACAAGUACAAUCCGCCAGAUCACGAUGUUGUGGCCAUGGGUCGCAAGCUGCAGGACGUAUUUGAGAUGCGCUAUGCCAACAUCCCCGAUGAGCCGGUGGCCAAUGCGGCCCACCAUCAUGGACAUGGCCACGGGCAUGGUCACGGCCACGGCCACAGUCACGGUCAUGGUCACGGACAUGGCCAUGGUCAUGGAUACGGCGGCUCCUCCUCACUCAAGCACGAUGCCAGCGAUUCGUCCAGCGAGGACUCCAGCGACACCGAGAACGAAUCAAACUCGGAUGAGGAGCGCAGCGCUAAGCUGAAGAUGCUCGAGUCUAAGCUGCUCGGUCUGCAGGAGGAGAUACGCAAGCUGUCAGAGGAGGCCUCCGCCAAAAAGAAGGCGAAGAAAAAACUCAAGGAAAAGAAGAAGUCAAUGGGCGGCGGAUCAGGCUCCGGUUCGGCCUCGCACCAUGGUCACGCCCCGGGUGGCGGUGCAAAUGCUGGCGGAGCAGGCGGUCCCGGAUCCGGCGGCCAUGGGAGCGUUUCCGUGCCAGGCGGUGUCGGUGCCUUGGGUGCCGGCGGAGCGGGCGGCGCUAAUCUCAACGCGCUGCUCAGUGGUUCGUUGGUUGGCCAUGGCGGAGCAGCCAUCGCAGGCGGCGUUCCCAAUGUGGGUGCGUUGCACAGCCAGGUUCACGACGUGGCCAUGGCAUUUAGCCAGCUGGCGGGCGGCGGUGCCGCGGCCGGUGCUGGCUUUGGUGCCGGUGUGACAGCAGCAGGAGCAUCGUCGGGCGGCAAGGCGGGCACCCUGGCCGGCGCUCUGGCAGCGGGCGCAGCGGCAGGUGCCGGCGGUACGACGGCUGGCAGCGGUAAAGGUGCUAAGAGCAAGGGCGGACGUGGCGCAAAGGGCAGCGGAGCCGGCGGCGUUGGAGCUAGCAAUAAUGCGGCUGCGGGCAAUGCGGCUGGUGGCGCAGCGGGAGCUACAGCGGGCGCUGGAUCUGUGGGAGGUGUUGGCGGUGCAGGAGCAGCGGGCGGCGGCAAUGCCUCCAAGCGGGCCAAGGGCAGCAGUUCGGCGGGCGCUGGCGGUGGUGUUGGUGGCGCGAAUGCCAGCACCGGUGGCGCCGGCGCGCGCGGCAGCAGCAAGAAGAAACCUAGCCAGGUGAUGAACUUUGACUCCGAGGAGGAGGACACGGCCAAGCCAAUGUCGUACGAUGAGAAGCGCCAGUUGUCGCUCGACAUCAACAAGUUGCCAGGUGACAAGCUGGGCCGUGUGGUUCACAUUAUCCAGAAUCGGGAGCCAUCGCUGCGUGACUCCAACCCCGAUGAAAUAGAGAUCGACUUUGAGACGCUGAAGCCGUCGACGCUGCGCGAGCUAGAAAGCUAUGUGGCGUCGUGUUUGCGCAAAAAAACACGUAAGCCAUAUUAUAAAAAGCCGUCUGGCAAGUCGAAGGACGAGCAGAUGGCCGAGAAGAAGCAGGAGCUGGAGAAGCGCCUGCAGGACGUCACCGGCCAACUGGGGGCAAGCAAGAAAACCGCCAAGAAAGAUGAGUCCGCUUCGAACAAGGUCGAGGCAGUGCAGCCGGCGAAUCCCGUGUCGUCGAGUUCCAGUUCCAGCGAUUCGUCGUCGUCGAGUUCGAGUGAUAGCAGUUCGAGUGACUCGAGCGACAGUGAAGCAGGUGAUGGCGACGAGCGACCGCCGCGCAAGAAAAAAUCCCGAGACUCGAAUGGAAGCAAUGUAAAUAAUCCAAGUAUAAACGUGGUAAUGGGCGGCAAUCUGCCGAGUGGCGCCCUCUCGCCAACGACCAUGCUAAUGGGUCUGGACCAUGUGGUGAACUCCAAUACGCCCACAUCGCAAAUGUCCAACAUGCUGGGCAAUCCAAAUCCACUGACGGCAGCUGCCAUGCUAAACAACAACAAUAAGACAUCGCUGCCGGGUAGCAAUUUUGGUGGUGCGCCCGCUCCCGGAAAUAUGAUGCAUGCCGGCGCCGGCGUUCCAGUUGCCGGUGCUGCAGUUCCGACGGCGACGGGGCAGCAGCACAACAAGAAUGGACCAAAUGAUCUGAGCAAAGUGCCGCCGGGUGGCCCCAUCAAUGCCGCCCUGCCGCCGCAUAGUUUCGCCGGAGGUACAGCAACGGUGGCCACCAGUCAGUCGAGCGGCGGCAUUCGCAUAGCCAGCAAUCUGCACAAGCCGUCCGGUCUGGGUGGCGGUGAUCUGGGCGAGCAUCAUGCGGCACUUGCUGCUGCCCUAACGUCCGGUGUAAACAGCACCGGCGGCGGCGUUGGUGCUGGCGGCGGCAAUAACACCGGGAGCAGCAACAAUAACGGCGGCAGCAACAAUAACGCUAAUCCACUGGGCGGAUCGCAUGGGGAUGCGAUGGCUAAUGCCUCGCUGGCCUCGGGCCUCAAACAGAUACCACAAUUUGAUGAUCCCGUAGAGCAGUCGCUUGCCUCGUUGGAGUUCAGCGCCGGCUCUACGGGCAAAUCGGGGCUGACGGACAACUUCUUGAUGCAGCAACAUCUAAUGCAGCCCGCCGGACCCCAGCAACAGCAGCAGCAGCAACAACCCUUUGGCCAUCAACAACAGCAGCAGCAGCAGCAACAACAGCAGCAACAUAUGGACUAUGUGACUGAGCUGCUAAGCAAAGGAGCGGAGAAUGUGGGCGGCAUGAAUGGCAAUCAUCUGCUGAACUUUAACCUGGACAUGGCGGCAGCCUACCAGCAGAAGCAUCCGCAGCAGCAGCAGCAGCAGCAGCAGGCGCACAACAAUGGCUUCAAUGUGGCCGAUUUCGGCAUGGCCGGAUUCGAUGGUCUUAAUAUGACAGCAGCCUCAUUCCUCGAUCUGGAGCACUCGCUUCAGCAGCAACAGAUGCAGCAGAUGCAAUUGCAGCAGCAACACCAUCAGCAGCAACAGCAGACGCACCAGCAGCAGCAGCAGCAACACCAGCAGCAACACCACCAACAACAGCAGCAGCAACUAACCCAGCAGCAGCUGCAGCAGCAACAACAACAUCUCCAACAGCAGCAACACCAACAGCAGCUCCAUCAGCAGCAACAGCAGGUGGCUAACAAGUUGCUGAUCAUACCCAAGCCCAUCGAAUCGAUGAUGCCCAGUCCGCCGGACAAGCAGCAAUUGCAGCAGCAUCAAAAGGUGUUGCCGCCACAGCAGUCGCCCUCGGACAUGAAGCUUCAUACGAGCGCGGCGGCGGCGGCGGCUGCUGCAGCAUCUGCGCAGGGCAAACUGGCGCAGGCCUUCAAGGCCUCGAACGAACAGAACCUGAAGAAUGCCAGCUCCUGGUCCUCCCUAGCAUCGGCGAACUCACCGCAGUCGCACACGUCGAGCAGCUCGAGCAGCAGCAAGGCAAAACCGGCCAUGGACUCGUUCCAGCAGUUCCGCAACAAAGCCAAAGAACGCGACCGUCUCAAGCUGCUGGAGGCGGCCGAGAAGGAGAAGAAGAACCAAAAGGAGGCCGCCGAAAAGGAGCAGCAGCGAAAGCACCAUAAGUCAUCGUCCUCAUCCUCGUCGGCUUCGGCCGCUGCGGCCCAAGCAGCAGCCGUUGCAGCCGCAACAGCAGCGGCGGCAGUGGCAUUAGGUGCUGCGGCGGCAGCAGCGGUGGCCUCCAGUGCCUCGAAUCCAUCUGGCGGCGGUAGUAGUGGCGGUGCCGGUUCGGCCAGCCAACAGGCAAUCACUGGCGAUCGCGACCGUGACAGAGAUCGCGAGCGGGAACGUGAGCGUUCCGGCAGCGGUGGCGGUCAUUCCGGCAAUGGCAACAACAGCAGCAAUUCGGCCAACAGCAAUGGACCAGGCAGCGCGGGCAGCGGUGGCAGUGGCGGCGGCGGCGGAGGCAGUGGACCAGCCAGCGCCGGUGGACCAAACAGCGGCGGUGGCACUGCCAAUAGCAACAGUGGCGGCGGCGGACCAGCGCUGCUUAAUGCUGGCAGCAAUAGCAAUAGUGGUGUUGGCAGCGGCGGCGCCGCCAGCAGUAACAGCAACAGCAGCGUCGGCGGCAUUGUUGGCAGCGGCGGACCUGGCUCGAAUAGUCAGGGCAGCAGUGGAGGCGGCGGUGGUGGUGGCCCAGCCAGCGGUGGCAUGGGCAGCGGCGCCCUCGACUACGGCCAACAGGUGGCGGUGCUCACACAGGUGGCGGCCCACGCCCAGGCCCAACAUGUGGCGGCCGCUGUUGCCGCACAGGCUAUUUUGGCCGCCUCGCCAUUGGGCGCCAUGGAGAGCGGAAGGAAAAGCGUUCACGAUGCCCAGCCGCAAAUAUCGCGCGUGGAAGACAUCAAGGCGUCGCCGGGAGGCCAGGGACAGAGUUCGCCGGCCCAACAAUCGCCGCAGGAUCGGGCAGCCGCCAAACGAGCCGAACAGCGGCGGGCCGAACAGGAGCGGCGCAGGCGCGAAGCGUUGGCUGGCCAAAUUGAUAUGAACAUGCAGAGCGAUCUCAUGGCUGCCUUCGAGGAGACGCUGUAGGCCAAGGCCCGGAGAAAGUCGACCAACCGGGGCAUUAGCGUCAACGGCAUCACCACAACCACUACAAUCACCACCUCAUCAAACUCCAACUCCGGCGGCCAAUCGAAGCGGCGGACAAGGCGCCAGCAACGCAACACGUUGGACAACGGCUUGCAAGAGCAAAAGCAACACGGCUAGGACAGCAACAACGACGACGGUUCGGCACAGAACUGUCAGAGCAAACAAACAAACAAACAAACAAGCAACCAUCAAACAAACUAACAAUACAUAGAAAACAAACAAACAAACCAAGCAACCAACCAACCAACAAAUUAAGAAAGCAAACAGCUAAGGUUAAAACCAAGAAAGCAAUGUUCUAAGGCGUAAAUAACAUACGUACAUUUAGUGAGUAUAUAUAUAAUGCAUAUACGAAUGGAGGCAGCAAAGGAAGAGCAAUGUGAAAGCCGUCAGCGAAACACAUCCGCAGCAAUCCAGCAGCAAUCCAGCAGCAGCAGCAGUAAUAAUAAAGAAAAGAAAAUGGCAAAUUUCCUUCGGUUAGCAAAUGAUUCUUCGCAACUUUUUUUAAAAAUCACUUAUCAUCUUUGCUUAUUAUUCUGUAUUAAAAUUACGAUGGAUCGUGGCGACAAAGAUGUUCGCACAUGUUUCCAAAGCUUAUUAUUUUUAAUAUUAUUGAUUGCAUAGGCAAGUUUAGUUCGUAGGUUUAAAAUUAAUUGAUAAUGCUUAUUUUUUUUCAUAACUGUAUACACACACCUAUGCUUAGAGUUGUUAACUAAUUUAAAAAAAAAAAAACAAAUACGAGAAAACCACAACAAAAAACAAAAAAAAGAACAAACUAAAGAAAAUCGAAACAAAAUCAAUUCAAGAAAUCCAACCGCAAGGGAACGGUUCAGUCGAAGUUGUCGGUACAUGCACGAAUUCUUAUUAUUUUAUUAACCAAAACAAAAAUGUUAUUAAAAAUGUAGUCCGAAUCCCAUUCCCAAGUCAUCCCACGGACCGCUAUGAGCAAAUUCAAUGGAAUCUUAUUGUUUUUCGAUUUUAAUUCGGCACAUCACCCAUACACCUGUAAUUUAUACACACGCAAAAGAAAUACACACACACACACACACACACACACAAACACACACACAGUAACACACCGGCAGACACUGGGAAGAAAUCCAGCACGAUCCGCAGAACCAGAACCACAACCACAAGCCAAUAAUAUGGAUACAAAACCUAGGUAUUAAGUCAGAAAAGCCACACCAUUUUUGUAUAUGACGCGCCCAAACAAAAAAAAAAUUCAACAAAAAAAACAAAAAAAAACAAUAUUGAAAGUAAUACGAAAUUUUUUUCUAAUGACCACAAGCCUUCGCAAGUAGGUGCCAGGAUGCUAUCCCCCAAAUUGCAGUGACAAUUCAGUAAAUUAAUUAUACAUGUUUGGAGUCCCUGCCGUCUUCCAUGUGUAUUCUUCUUCGUCUACAUCUUCACCAUCUGCAUGCAUCCGAUCCUCCUCGUCAAUGUGUCCUUGUAUAUAUAUAUAUAUAUAGAUCCAUGGUCUCCUUCCAGAUCAUCUUUCCAUCGGGGAUUCUGAUCCUGAAAUAGCUGUAGGAUUUAUGAUAGCAACUAUCUGUGUCGAAUCUAACGAAAUGGUUCAUCAAAUCGUAAUUGUAUAAUGCACUUUUUUUCUAUAUGUAUAUCUGGCAUAAGUUUGGCCAAGGUUCUGAUUUCUGUUUAUUCUGUGCGCGAGCCAGGGUGUGUGUGGUUGAGAUUAGGGAUGCGUGUUUGUCUUUGUAUAUAGAGGCGGUCAAUAGGUUCGUGUCUUUCCCCGACUUACACUCGCAGAAAAUUUCGUUUUGUUUGUGUAAACUAGUUUUUUUUUUUUCGAAAGCGAGUAAAGAACAGAAAAAUGAUCACAAAACCAACCCUUAUUCUAUAUAAAAAAAAACCAUAUAUAUAUAUACAUUUAUUUAUAUAUAUAUAUAUAUAUAUAUAUUUAAAUACGAAAAAUGAUGUAUCUAGUAAUACAUAUACAGAAAUGAGAAACAUUUUUUUUCUAUACUUAAUUUUAGCAUUUAAUUGAGAAUAAAUCGCACGACGAGAUAAACGUGAAAUGUAUGAAAAUAAAAGUUGGGAAAAACCAAACGAUUCAAA